UUGAUUUUUUCUUUCGAGUUUUCAAUAAUCGACGAGAACAACGUUCCGAUGCAUUGAAGUUUUUUUUCCUCAUAGCACUUCUCUGCAAGUGUGCAAACAGUCAAAGCUUAUUUUCUAUGUACUUGAGUUUAAAAGAUGAAGAGAGAUAUUGUUAUUUGUGUCUUUUGAGAUGUGGAACACUUUUAAAAUAUUGAAGAAUACAACAUGACGUCCCGUAGUUACACAAAAUCUUACAGUCGUAAAGUCAGUAGUGUGACACCUGGGAGUAUUCAAUUUGAUAAGCUUUUUAGGGAAAAUAAAAAAACAUCCUUUACAUCUAUCAGAAGUACGAAUAUCAAUGGAAGAAGAGAUGAUAUUCAUAAUACAUUUGGUGCAAAAAGAAUAAAGCUUGAUUAUGGAAAUCAGAAUGUAAAUCGUGUAAAUUCUGGAAAAGACCCAUUUUCAUUUGAAACUGAUCCUGACAAUAAACCAGAUGUUGCACCACCAGUUGUUAAACCUAAGAAAUUUUUUAAAAGUAGAAAUGUUCCACCUUCAAUAGAAGAAUCUCGCCAGGAUGUGGCAAUAUACAGACAAGUACCUGAUUCACAUUAUGGUAGAGCUCGUGCUCAAAAAACCUCUCCACAACCACCAUCAAAACAAUCUUUAACAAAAGUAUCAAAUGCUCCAGCUAAGAAAGUAGCAGAUACCUUAGAAGGAACCAAUAAUGAUCCUCCUAUUAGAGAAGAAGGAAAACCUCCUAUUGUAUUGAGAAUAUGUAAAGGCACUGCACGACUGGUUUGUGGAAAUGUGCAAAACACUCAACAGCCAGAACCUGAAACAUAUAGGAUUUCUACACCCCUUGCUAGUCCUACAAAAGUAGAUGUGGAACGUAAAAACUUUAAUAUGGAUACACUCAAAUCUGAUCAAAAAACAAUUCGUUCUCAUGAACCUAUUAUUUCCACUGUAUCAAUACCUUUAGAAAAUUCAGAAAUGCGCAGAACUACUCGUAGUCGAGCAAAAAAUUUGCAUUUAGAUUUAACAACAACAUCUUCUAUUGUGUCUACAGCACCAAUAACACCUAAUUCACAUAGUUCUGGUCUUUCUUUAACCCUUAGAAAGUCUGUUACUGAUUCCAAUAAUACACUAAUAUCUCAUUAUGAUAUUGUUAAGACUGAUUGUGGUUCAACAUACUCCUGCAAACCAGCAAUUGAACCAUUAAUUGGGCGUGAUCAACCACUGCCAACCACAACUCAAGAACUAAUUGAUAUACUGUCAAGUGAUUCUGAUCCUAUGCAAACAAGACCAAUGAUAAUAAAUACUUCAGAGACUGAAGAAAAUACAGCAGUUGUUCCAGAUGAGGUUCAACAUUGUUCAAUAGAUAUUCCAACAAAUGAGGUAGUUUCUGGACCUACUGUAGAACAUGAAGCAGAAACAGAAGUAAAACCAAAAUUAGAACCAGAAUCAAAACCAGAACCAGAACCAGUACCAGAACCAGAACCAGGACCAAGAUCAAAACCAGGACCAGGACCAGAACUAGAACUAGAACUAGGAACAGAAGUAGAGCCAGAAGCAGAAGCAGAACCUGGACCAGAUGCAGAACCUGAACCAGAUGCAGAACUAGAACCAGAACCAGAACCAGAUCCUGAAAUAGAAACAGAUCUAACAACUCGUAUUGUUGAUAAUGAUACAGCUGCAGCUAAAACUUUAGUUGAUCAAGAUUGGUUUUCUGGGAGUGAUGAUAGUGAAGGUGUAAGUGGUAAUGCUGAAAACGAUAUAGCAUUACAUGUAACAAGUACAGUCACAGAUUCACAGCCAUUAAAUGCUCCAUGUACAACCAUUCAGAAACCUGCUACUAAGAAGGGUAGCAUUUUUAAAAGUCGUUCAACAGGAGCUACAAAUGGAAAUAAAAGAAGAGCUCUGUACAAACACAAGUGGUGUGAUAGUGAUAAGGAAUGUAGUACCACAGAUACUUCUAAUCCUGGAAACAGUACACCUACUAUUGCUUCAGGAUCACAUAGUGGAACAGGUCCUGUUGCAUAUGAAGAAGAAUUCGAUCUUUCACAACUGACAAGAGUUGUAAGAUAUCCUGAAGCUGAUACAGGUUUUCCUGAUGAAUCUGACGCGAUAACAAGUAUUCGUUGUGGCAAGAAAGUUAAGGGUUUUUACACUGUAGUAAAAAAUGUAAAAAAAGCUCAUCAAAUUCAAGAAAGUGGAGAAUUUCAAGAAUUUAACGACGAUGUUGAAUAUAUAUUAGAUACUUUAAGAGAAAACAAUCCAAAUGCUACUCGCUGCCUUUCAGCUAUAAGAUUGGCAAGCAAAUGUAUGGCACCUGCAUUUCGUAUGCAUGUACGUGCUCAUGGCACUGUUGCUAAAUUCUUCAAAGCUCUUCAUGAUGCAACUAAGGAUCAGAGUCUUGCUUUAUGUACAGCAACAGUGAUGUUUGUAUUAAGUCAAGAUCGUUUAGCUAUGGAUUUAGACCGUGAUUGUUUAGAGUUAAUGUUAAGUUUGUUAGAAUCUGAUGCCAGUCACAAAGAUGCGCUCGAUGAUUGUGGCCUUAGUCGGGCAGAACUUUUAAAGAAUAAAGAAAAAGUACGUCAGUUGUGUGCUGAUAUUCAAGCUCAAGGACAUGCAAAACAUUUAAAUCUUGAUAAUAUAACUGUUGGUCAACUUGCUAUGGAAACACUUCUUAGUCUUACAUCAAAACGUGCUGGUGAAUGGUUUAAAGAAGAACUUAGAGAAUUGGGAGGUCUAGAACAUAUUGUAAAAACAAUCAGAGAUUGUCAUCGUCAUAUUAAUACCCAAGAUAUUACAAAAUCUGGUUGGACAGAUCCAUUAUUAGAUAAAUUACGUAAAGUUGAUAGAUGUCUACGUGUAUUANNNNAGGUUACUCAUAUGAAUGAAGAAAAUCAAGUAUAUUUAUUAAAAUAUGAAAAUGGAGUUUUAGUCAGCACUUUAGCAAAUUUAUAUCACCUAUGUGGACAAGAAAUUCCUAUUUAUCCAACCAUAGAUCCAAGUGAUAAAACUUCCACUGGUGCUGUUAUUAGAGAAUGUUUGUUUGCUAUUAUUAAAGUUCUUAUUAAUCUUACACAUCGAUUUAAUAGACAAUCUUUCGGAAGUAAAUCAUUAGGUUCACAACCAGGUGUUUUAGAUUGCAGUUUAUAUCUUUUAUUGCGCGUUCCUGAAUCACUUCCUGAAGAAAAGCGUUUUGAUAUGAUGAUGUUAGCUUUGAUUUUAUUAAUAAAUUUAGUGGAACAAUGUGACGAUAAUAAACAACUUCUUAUCGAAUCUAAGGCUCCCCCAUCAACAGAAAAUAUUUUUGACGCUGAAGAAAGCGGAGUAGAAUGUUUAAUCGAUCUAUUUUAUAAACAAGAAGAAUUGGCUCGUGCUGAAGAACAAAAAACAGAUGCUAUUUUAGAUGGUAAAAAAGAUUCUGAACAAACAGAAACUGUAUCGACAACAACUAAAUCUCAAGAAGAAUUUAUUGAGGAAACUGUUACAAAAUUACUACAAAAAGCCGGACGUCAUAUGGAGCAUACUUUAAUAGGAGCCUAUGUAGUGCUUUUACUUGGUUACUUAAUAAUGGAUAAUAAGGAUUAUGAAUCGUUGGUACGCAGUAGACUUCCAGAUAACAAUUUUACUACUAUGGUGUCUGUACUUCAAAAAUUCUUCAAUUUUAUGAAUUUAACGGCGUCGAAUGAAAUAAGCAGCUGUGGAAUUGCUGCUACUGAAAAGGUGAUUAAGUUCCUAAAAGUAUCUGAUGCCCGAAUCGAAGAAGAGAAAAGUGAAUUACCAUUAUCAGCGUUAGAAGACCCAAACAUAAUGCUCCGUUUAUCUUCGUCUUGAUUGAUAUCACAUUUACACAUUUGAUAUUUUUUAUUACCCUGGCAUGCAAAAAGAGCCAAAGUUAUAUGUGUCCAACGAAAAAAAUUCUAUCUAUCGCAGUAUGAUUGGACCUGUUUCAUAUUGACCAUAUAUUUUGAUAUAUAUUUAUUCACUUACGUAAUUUAUUGCUGUACCUUUCAUUAAAUUGACUUAUUUCUCCAA